AUGGCCAUGGCUAUGCAAAGUGGAAUCGGGAUCUCCAAGAUCCUAUUUAUCGUCGGAGCUGGUUACACCGGUACCGUCCUCAUCAAAAACGGAAAACUAUCGAAUAUAAUCGGUGAACUCCAGUCACUCGUGAAGGGAUUGGAAAAGUAUGGCGAUCAGAAUGAUGAAGGCGGGGAUGGAAUCGGAAACCAUUUCGCGACGGAGAUGAAGACGGAGACAGACAAAGUAUGGGACGGAGCAUCGCGUCUGAGCGAUAGGCCGAGCAGCGAACAUACGGAGAAGAUUAGCGCCAUGGACAUCCACGAUGGCUAG